AUGAGCCAUCGGGAUUGUGCCCUGCUAGCCAAGUACCAGAAAGGGGAAGAGGACAACGGGUUUGUCAGGACGCAUUAUUUCAAAAAGGUCGAGGGGAAAACUUUGGAUAAAAAUUUAGUGAGUCUUGAAAAAAUGUUCCUUCCAGAUGAUAUAUUUCUGGACGUGUAUAUAAAUGAAAAGGAAAGAAAUAACUUCGAUUUUUAUUUAAACAAUUUAAUGGACGAAAAGAGGAGGACAACGGACUUCCUAAGCAGCUGGACACACAUCGAGGUCAGCAACAUUUACAACUACAUCCUUUAUAACAACGCUUCCUGUAGUAACGUGAUGGAUGAUAAGAAGGGACACCUGGUGUUGAAACUCAAGUAUACAAACGAAAAUAAAACGAUCACUUCCUACUUUAAGGUCCACUGCCGAAAUGUGAAGUGGGAAAGUGAGAAAAAGGUCUGGCACAUUCCUCUAUUUUACAUCUACGAGAUGACAAAGCUGACCAUUUUUCUGGGCGGCACGGUCAGUGACACAGUUUUGUACUACCUGUGCAAGUUGUUUAGCCACUUCGCCUCUGCGAGGGAGGCAGGAGGGCAAACCACCAAGCAGCCACUUAACAAACCGAUCAAUGAACCGCCCAACGAAACGAACGUGGGGGAGACGGGCAGGGAAGGCCCAUCCACCCCCAGUGCAAAUCAGACAGCGAAUGUGGCCAACCAAGCCAACCCAGCCAACCCAGCCAACCCAGCCAACCCAGCCAACCCGGCCAACCAGUACGACGUGGCCCUCUUCUCUCGCAAGGACAAGCGCGGAUUCGUCGAACACGUCUCGAAGAGCACCAUGUUCGCCAUGCAACACAUAAUCGUGCACAACCCGGUGAGGAGCGACUCGGUGCAAGUAAAAAUCGUACCAUACAAUGAGGAGGUGGUCCGCAAAAUGAAGGAGCUUAACCUCUUCCACUGGGACAAAACGGAAAACAUUUGGACGGUGAAGAAAACGAAUUUUAAAACAUUCCACACUAGUGUCAUCAAGGGGUUAGAUUAUAAGUUGUGCUCCUACUACGACUGUUACAAGUUUGCUAAGCAGCAGCUGGUGGUGGAGGGAGGCGCCUCCUUGGGGAGCACCUCCAUCGUCACUUUGGCUAGUUCCAAAAAGGGCGACACCAAAAUUAGUUCGUUAAAAAGAAAGAGGAAACUACCAACCAGCGAAAUAAAGAAGACAAAGCAAAAUUGCAAUUUGAACAUUUGCUACGAAAGUACGGACUCGUCCUACUCAGACGAACUGUCGCACAACGUGGAUGCAAGUUACUACGAAGGAAGGGAACAAGUGAAUAAAAUAAAACUCAUCGGAGCGGCAAACAACUACUACAGAGAUAUCAUCUACAACAAACUGAACAAACUCAAACAUUUGAAACCUCCAAAUUAUACCUAUGACCCAAAGGGACUAAUAACGAAAAAUGGUGCAGGAACAAAAGGAAUCGAAAUUUACGACAUGCCAAGUGACAUAAACGAAUGGAACAAAAUAAGUUUUUGUAUCGUCCCCGAUGAGAAGGAACACGUCGAUUUAUAUGACCCCAAAAUUUUGUGUAGCCUCGUUAGCGAUGUGUACAUGCUGAAGGAAAAAGCAAUUGACCUCAUUUUGAAGAAAUUUCAAAGGUGGCCAGAGUACACCGACGUCUACUGGAACAACAUUUGCACUGAAAAUGAAUUCAUCGUAAGAAACAAAAAUUUCAACACCAGACAAAAGCUAGCGCACGAUAGACUGUUCAGCAAACAAUUUUUCUACAUAUUCAACAUUGGGAGUGUGAAACAGUCCAAUUAUUACGAUGCGCUAUUUUUGUGUAAAGCUUUAAUAACUCUUGGCGAAGGGAAGAUUGUGAAGGACCCCCUUGAUGCCGAGUAUAUUGUCAUUGCCAACUGCAACGAUCCGAAUGCCGUCGACUUUUACAACUCGCUGCAGGGCAAGCAGAAAAAGAAGAAGCUCCCCUUGUUCGUCACCCCCACCUUUAUAUACGACUGCAUUUUGAACUACUCCGUGUCUUACCCCUCCAAGAACAAGAGCCACUUUUCCUUCCCCUGA